GAAAAUGGGCAGAUUACAUUUCAAUCUUGCUGCACUUUGUUGUGUACAACUUAUGUCAAGUAUUACAGCUCAGCAAGUGAACAACAUCAGAGAUGGACCAGGCCAAAACCAGAGACAAGCACCUGAAUGUACACUCACGAAAGAAGUUGGAAAUUGCAACGACCAAGUCAAGAAAUUCUACUUUGAUAUCACAACUGGCACUUGCCGAGAAUUCAUUUACUCUGGAUGUGGUGGCAACCUUAAUAACUUUCUAAAUAUAGAACGCUGUAAUAGCAGGUGCGUGUGCUGGAAUAAAAAAUCCGCCGGUAGGGGGACGGGAAGAGAAACGAGAUAUUUUUACAACAAAGAAACGGAAAGAUGCGAAUCCUUUUUCUACAAAGGUGCGGGCGGAAAUAUCAACCGUUUCCGCACAUUACAGGAAUGCCAAGGAAUGUGUGAACGUGCAACCUUGAGAUAUAUAUGCAGCAGACGACCCGAGUUUGGCACCGACUGCAAUAACAACUCGACAAUCCAGUUUUAUUACGACAAGCGAAGUGACACUUGCCGAAAAUUUACUUACCUUGGAUGUGGUGGUAAUAGAAAUAGGUUUCCUUCGAAUAAAGUAUGCAAACAGGUCUGUUACUUUUACGAUGGUCCAAGACCAACAGUUCCGCCACAGCCAACACGCUCAACAAUAACAACAACAACACAGCCACGCCCACAACCUCCAAGGGUUUGUCUUAGUAGUCCUGAUGCAGGUUUCUGCAUUUUUAGUUUUGACCGAUACUAUUACGACACAAUUACAAGAACAUGCAAAAGAUUUGCUUAUUCCGGAUGUGGAGGCAAUGCCAAUAGAUUCCUCUCUAAGAGGUUAUGCGAGAGAACGUGCGUUUACUUGUAAUCAGGGGAGUAACUCUUAGCAACUUGCGCAAUCUUGUAAACAAGGGAAUGCACUCUUA